CGUCAUCAAUCAGCCCUCACCUCACACUAUCGCAUUGCGGCACCCCCAACGCCACGGCAUGUCACCAUUUGCCCUUUCACCCUCUUCUCGACACAUAUGCUAACUCGCUACUCACAGAUGCUGUCCAGUCGAAUUGUGCGGGCAGCGCCCCUCCGGACUGCCGCCCUUGCGGUUCGCCGACUCCCCCUCAUUCAAACCCGAACUUUCCUCCCCGAGUCCAUGGUCGGCCGCGCCAAGCUUGACGAGAAGUACCCCGACUCCGACUACCCCAAGCUGACUGCGGCUGAGGAUCCCGAAAUGAACGGCGGUUAUAUCAACCCUCCCCGUGUCAAGCGCCAAUUCCGUGACCCUCACGCCGACUGGUGGGACAAGCAGGAGCGCAGAAACUUGGGCGAGCCGGUUCACGAAGACAACGAUAUUCUGGGCAUAUUCUCCACCUACGAGUACACAUGGAUCAGCCCUGGCAAGGGUCUGGCCCAGAUUGGCGCCUUCAUUGUGGUCUUCCUCGGCGUUGUCUUCACCGUCAAGCAGGUUUACCCAGACCGUGUCAGCUACCCCAGAGAGUUUGAGGGUGGUUUGAUCAGGGAACUGGGUGGAGAGGGUGCUAUCCGCGUAAGUGGACAGUCAUUGGACCUGAGUUUGGGUCAAGCUAAUCAUUGGAAACAGGCCAGAAUGGAAGGUGAUGAGGACCCCUGA